AUGUCUAGUCGACUGCUGAAGAAGUUCCUGAAGGAGAAGACCCGCGAUGAGAUAAACAAACUGGGGGAGUCCGUGGAGGAGGAGGCGGUGGCGGCUAGGCCGAAGAAGAAGAGCGUCUUUGCGUACUUGGACGACUCGGAGGGGAGCGAGGGGAGCGAGGGGAGUGAGGGCAGCGCGGCUGCGAAGGGGAAGCAACCGCAGAAUAGUGUAAGUAAAAAGCAAUCGAAAAAUGCCGCGAACGUAAAACAGCCGCUGAGUGCCGCGAACGUAAAACAACCACACAAUGGCGUAAAAGCGGCGCAAGCGCAGCGGAAGAAGAAGAAAAAGAAAAAAAACCUGGACGAGGAAAUCGACGACCUGCUGCACACCAUGAACGCAGAGGAGAAGCAGAAAGCGAAGAGGCAGCAACAUGAAAAUGCGUCCGAUGAGGAGGCCCCAGAAGGGGGAGGCACUCCAUCCGAAGUGGACCUCCCGGAAUUGUCCGCCUGCGCACACGAAAAAUAUGACUACUGUCUGAAGCUAGAAAAAGGGAACUUUGACGUUAACGUAGAAUUGAAAAGGAUCUUCGGAAAGGAUUUCGUAAAAGAAAAUAAGUACAUCCCGAAGAGCAAAAUAAAGUUUUUAAAAAACUGGCUCGUGCAAGACUACACCACGAAGAUAAUCCACCCCCCCCUUUCAAUGAAAAGGUAUGGGAAUGAAUUUAAACUGGAAAAGCAUAAGCUCUAUUUGGAGGCAGAAAAUCUCUUUUACGCCCUUUUAGAUACACAUGAUAUUGAGGCUAUGCACAAUUUGGUGAAGAAGUUCCCCUUCCAUGUAGACACUUUGCUAGUGCUUUCAGAAUACUAUAACGAAUCGAGCAAUUUUGAGGUGGCCAAUAAAUUCACCAAAUUAGCUCUCCUCAUUUUGCAACACGUGUUUCACAUUGAUUUCAGUCCAAACAGCUUAAAUAGAAGCAGAGAGAUUUACGUGAACCCGCACCUCUAUGAUAAUAAGGCUCUCUUUAAAGCGCUCUACAUGCAUAUGCUUUCUCUGGAGAAUGAAGCGUGCACUAUCACUUCUCUUGAGGUUGCCAAGUUGUUAUGCAAAAUGGAUUUGCAGUUUGACCUCUGCAGCAUCCUCCUCCGAAUUGAUAGCUUAAUUUUGAAGUGCAAUUUAUUUGACUUUUUCAUUUAUUUCUCCUUCAAUUUUGUCAUUCAGAAUGUGCAGUGUGUGGUGCCCGCCGCGAGGCUCAGCGAGAUCCUGGCCACUUGCCUCCACGGCGAAAUGAGGCUCCCGGGAAGUCACCGCCCUGAGUGGGACGAGCACGCUUGGAAGAGGCAGGACGGGGGAGAAGCGGGGGAAGCGGCAGCGGCGGGGGGAGCGGUAGCGGUAGCGGGAGGAGGAGCCGAAGAAGGAGCCGAAGAAGGAGAAGCAGCAGAGGGAGAGUCACCAAGUCACAACAACCAAGUGGGAGAAGCCGCUGGGGGAGGAGCGGCGGAGGGAGGAGCGCCCCCCACCCCGGAGAGAAGAACGGACGAAUUGGAUCCAACGGACGACGCGAAAAGGGAACCCCCAAAUGAUGCAGACUGCAAUGAUGGGCCGCCUUACCAGAUGGAGGGCGAAAACGAAUCAGAGCUGCCCGUGGGGCAUGAGCGGCACUCCGCCGAUGAGCAGGGGGAGAAGGGGGAGCAGAAUGAGGGCGACCCCCUGGAAGGGGGCAAAGGAAGCGGAGGUGGCAAAGUAAGCGGAGGUGGCAAAGUAAGCGGAGGGUGUAACUGCUUUGAGGGAGGCCGGGCCGGGACCGCCCUGCAGAGCAAGCUCCUCUUCGAAAACUUCGAAAUCAGGCUGCACUUCCUGCUGCCCAACUUCGCCUUCUCCCUGCCGCUCAGCCUCUACCUGAAGAACAACAACGGAGUGGACCUCCAGGAGAUUCGUCUAAUCAGCGUGGACGACCUGGUGAGCGCCUUCUCCUACGAGGAGUGUCGCUUUCUUAGUCCCCACUUUGCCAUUCGCUUCGACUGCCACGGGGGGCGCGCAAAGAAUGGAAACGAUAGACUUGGCCAGAGUGACCAUGCGGAGGAUCACCCCGAUGGAGCUACUCCUGAUGAGAGUGCCCCUCCAAAAGUGAGUACCAAUGAACAGAAGAAGGGUCAACCGUCGCUCUCCUUUUCGGCCCACGUAACUCUCCUAAGAGCUCUCCUGUGCUUCCCCAACUUCCUACAAACAUUUCUUAAUUAUAAUAAUUUCAAAACGACCAAGGUGGUGAAGAAGACCAUUUAUGAGUCCUCAUUCAAGGAUAUCCUGGCGAGCCCCCCCUUCUCCUCGCCGAGUCUCUUUCGCCUGGGAGAGUUUGACGUUGUGCAAAAAAUAAUUUGCUGCUAUUUGGAGAAGAAUAAUAUUUACUACAAAUCGGAGCGGGUCAUCACGUGGUUCCACGUGUGCAGUGCGUUUCUGCACGAGCUGUAUAGGGACCCCUCAGCGGCCCGAGCCCUGGAUAAGGCGCGCGCGGAGUGGCACGGAAAGGUGCACCUCCUCGACGUAAGCAAGUACAAGGACGUCCGCGUUGGCGAAUUCAAGUCCACCAAUUACCUCCUGCCAGACUUUAUGAUGGAGAAGAACAGAACCUACUCCCCCCACACGCCCGCGGCCCCCUCCAGCUACUACGUCUCCCUCAACAGCAAUUUGAUCAUAGCCUUCUUCCAGAGCCUCCUCCCCUGGUACCAAGUGGAUUACUACGGUUAUCAGAGCGAUUGA